UCUCUGUUUCCAUGUGAUCUCUUCCUCUUUCUCUCUCUCUCUCUCUCUCUCUCUCUCUCUCUCUCUCUCUCUGUCACUCAGUCACUCUAUUUAGCUCUUUCUCCUUCACUUUCUCUUGUUCUAGCUUGUUCUUCAUGAAUUAAAUGGAGUACUAAUAUUGCAUGGUUUGGCAUUGAAGAAGCAUGGAACACAAGCACUACAAGAAGAGCAAAUACCAAGCAUGGACAAAGGAUCUCCAUAGAAUACUUUGCAUGCAAGGUGGUGAAGAUGAUGGAAGCUAUGCGAAGAACUCCGAGGCCCCGGCCUCGGCUGUCGUCUUGUCGAAACCAUUGCUCAUAGAAGCAAUCCACUCCAUGAAGCUUUUCAGUAAUGAAACUUCAAUCAGAAUUGCAGACUUAGGCUGUGCCACAGGAUACAACACUCUCUCAACCAUGGAGUUAAUUGUAGGAACCUUGAGCCAACGUUAUGAGAGGGAGCAGUACUACUGUAAUAGUAAUAUUGAUAAGAAUAAUAACAAAGUGCCUGAAUUUGAAGCCUUCUUCUCUGACCUCCCUUCCAAUGACUUCAACUCUCUCUUCAGAUCAUUGGUUCCUUCUUCUCUUGAGGAUUCAAUCAAGAAGCCAUACUUCACUGCUGGUGUUCCAGGCUCCUUCUACAAACGCUUGUUCCCUAAAGCCAAACUUCAUUUUGUUGUUAGCUUGAGUGCUUUGCACUGGCUUUCCCAGAUACCGGAGGAGGUGCUAGAUAAGCAAUCUCCGGCGUGGAAUGAAGGCCGAGCAUGGAUAGACGGUGGGAAGAAGGCUGCAGUGGAUGCAUAUGCUAAGCAAUCUAGUGAAGACUUGGAAGCAUUUCUUCAGUGCCGAAAGGAGGAGGUUGUGCAGGGUGGGAUGCUGUUCUUGUUGAUGGCUGGCAGGCCAGGUUGCUCUCAACCGGAUAACCAGUUAGGUGAUCCAGACUCAAGAGCCAAGCACCCUUUCACCAGCUACAUGGAUCAAGCUUGGAAGGACCUACUAAAUGAGGGAUUGAUAGAUGAAGACACAAGGGACACAUUCAACAUCCCUGCUUAUAUGAGGAGCAUGGAAGAGGUGAGGGAAGCAUUUGAAAAGUGUGAUGGGUUUGAGAUAAUGAAGCUUGAGUUUCAGAGAAUUGUAGAGCAUUCAAAGGAGAAGCAAGAGGAGUGGAUAAAAGACCCGGUUUCUUAUGGUAAGUGUAAAGCUAACCUUGUCCGGGCUACAUUGAAACCAAUUGUUGAAGCUCAUCUUGGUCAAGUGCUUUGUGAGGAACUGUUCAAGAGGUUUGAGAAAAGAGUCUCUGAAGAUAUCACUAUGCUUCAUAAGACUUGUUUUUAUGGUGUCAUUGUUGUCUCUGCUAUCAGGAAGUGAUUAACAAUUAAUCAAUUACUGAUCUGCUCCUCUUCAUUUUGUUAAUUUCAUGUUCAAAUAAUGAUUAUGAGUAAUGAGAAAUAUUGGUGAUCUUUAAGGAAGGAGUAUGUUUAGAUAUGUGAAAACUUUAUGGUAGUUCUAGCGAAUAGAAUGAAUGAACUCAUGAGAGAGCAACUACCGACUUUUUGGUUUAUUAACAUCAAUUCGAGUCUUUUGUGCAGAGUGUUUGUGUUCUUGCCAAAAAGACGUAUUCAAACUUCAAUGUAGGAUAUAGAUGUAUUGAAGUAAUAUCUCCGUGUGCCCGUGCUUAAGAAGAGAAGAGAAGGUGGGCAUGAAGGAUUCACAUUCAUCACGGCCAUAUCUUGGAAAAGCUGGCAAGUUGGCUGCUGCACUUGCCUGCCCAUUCUGCUCUCUCUAACUCCGGCCACACAU